AGUGGACGUGAGGCAUAGCAUAGCUGCAUGUUAAUAUUUUCAAACUUGUGAAGAGGCUACAUUUUAACAGGUUAAUUAGCCUAAUUCCAAACUUGUAAAGAGGCUAAUGUUUUACAGAUAUUGCCAACGUUUAACUUUAAAAGGCGUAAAGAUUCGUCCUACCGAAACUUUGACAUAGGCUAUAUAGACUACUGUUGUUAUUUACAGUAAAACGAGGGUCAACGAAACCAACGCUUGGUUCGCUCUUCUGAAUAAAGUGGUGAUGACCCUGUCUGGGGCUAGUAGUGCUAACGACAUGUCUGGCCAGACUGUCCUCGCAGCUGAAGACGUUGACAUCGACGUGGUUGGAGAAAGUGAUGACGAGGAGCUGGAACGGGACAGCGACUGCGAUAGACCAGCAUCCCAACAGGAGACGGUAGCCGCCAGUGCUGGGGAACAGGCUGGUGUUCCCUUUGAAAGUGCAGCCAUCCAGAGCAGCGGAGUGAUCAAAGGGGACGGGCUAGAGAAGUCGUCAAAGAACAGCCAAGUAAAGCCACCUUACUCAUACAUAGCACUCAUCACCAUGUCUAUUCUCCAGAGUCCACAGAAAAAAUUAACACUUAGCGGCAUCUGCGAGUUCAUCAGCAGCCGUUUUCCGUACUACAGAGAGAAGUUCCCCGCUUGGCAAAACUCCAUCCGACACAAUCUUUCUCUGAACGACUGCUUCGUCAAAAUCCCACGGGAAGCAGGGAAUCCUGGAAAGGGCAACUACUGGACACUGGACCCACAAUCAGAGGGCAUGUUUGACAACGGCAGCUUUCUCAGGAGACGGAAAAGAUUCAAGAGGCACCAGCCAGACAUUCUCAGGGACCAAACCGCCCUCAUGAUGCAGACUUUUGGAGUUUUUGGCAUUGGGAAUCCUUACAGCCGUCACUUUGGGAUUCUCCCCUCAGCGUAUCCCCAUCCAGCGGCGUUGCACCCUUAUAUCCAUCCACUGGGAGCCGUGUUUCCCGCGGCCGUACCACUGAUGUCUACGGCUGAACUAAACAGAAAAGUUUUCAAUUCCCAACUCUGCCCUAAUCUUCAAAUGCAGCUGAGCAGUCGAUGCCCCGCAACCGCGGUAAAGUCUGAACCUGCAAAUAAACCUUCUUUCAGUAUAGAAAAUAUAAUUGGGAUGACCAACAUGUCGUCCAGCAUACAAACAUUUCAAAAGUCACCUAUGACAGUCCGGUCAGUCGUACAGACCGUGCAGCCGCGGGCCCAUACCGCAAUGUUGCCCAUCCUCAACGCGUCCUCGCAUUUCAUCCCCGCACAGUUUCUUCCAACAACAUCCAUUACAACUAUGCCAAAAUAUUCAUCUGCUUCUCAAAACCUGCCUUGCUAAAACAGAAAGGUGGAAACUUUGCUGUAUCGUAUAAUACACUCUAAAAUGGUUCCAAUGGGAACCCUGUGAUUCCAUAGAAGAACCCGAUCAAGUUCAAUGGUUCUUUAUCGGACAAAUUGGUUCUUUGUCUGGGAGCGUUUACACUUAACACCUAUGACUGAGGGUUCCAUAAAGAACUAAAAUGGUUCCUCUAUGGAAUCAACCUUUCUGAACCAUUUUGAGUGUAGGGUACCCAGCACUGGACUUAUAAAUCUGUAUGCACUGUCAAU